GCCUCACGUUGCACAAAUGUGUCAAGCGCUCUGGAGUGGAUGAGGAUUUAGCUACGUGACUUGGACAUGAGAAAUACGAAUUAAACGACAAAACUGUAAAACAACAUAACGUAUUUUCGUCUGUGGAUAUAGGAUCCAACGCACACCUGGAUACGACAGUGCUAAAGGACAGUCUUCACUCUCAACAUUCAGCCCUGAUUAAAUGAGCGGCAGUUUAUGGUCACCACAUGGAAUCCAUUCCCCUAACUAAACAUAUGAAGACCCUCGCUGACCACUGUGAAUGGACAUAUUACUAUUAAUGCGUGACCAAAGUGUGGAGAUGCCCGGAGGUGACAGUGGUCCCGAUGGGGAAGACCCUGCGUUACCGUCUGCUGCAGGAGAAGAUGGGGCAGGAGGGGGGAUGUCAACCGCACAACAAUACUGAGGCGCAAUCAGAGCACCUCAGAGUGGAGGAAAGCGAACCUUCAGGGGGAGAAGUGGGGCAGGAAGACGAGGAGAUGACUAGCGGAUCAAAUGACCUCUCCUCCUCGUCCAAUCAUAGCCCGGGGAGCGCCACAGGAUCCACCUCGGCUUCGACCAAAAGCAGUGAGAAUGCAGGUGAUGGCAAAGAUCAGGCCCACAGAGAGGUAAUGAUCACAGUGGCUGAGAUGAAGAAGCGGCUACCAUCAGACAAACGCAGUCGCAGCAAAGCCAGUACAGUGGAGGCCUUACACUAUGCACUCAACUGUGUCAGGCAGGUGCAAGCCAACAGUGAAUACUACAAACUGCUGAUGCGAAAUGGUCAGGAUGAGAGGAGAGACGCCACCGUUUGCACCCUGGAGGAGCUGGAGAGAGUCACUUCUGAACACACACUUAAAAACACGGACUCCUUCGUGGUGGUGUUCUCCCUGUCCAGUGGUCGUGUGCUGUAUGCAUCAGAGCAAGCUCCCAGUAUCCUUUGCUGCAAAAGAAAGUUCCUGGAGUCAGCCAAGUUCGUGGAGCUGCUCUUCCACCAGGAUGUGAACGUCUUCUACUCACACACGGCUCAGCCACACCUGCCACCCUGGAGCAACUCGCACACAGUGGGGGUCCUGUUUGACUGUGCCCAGGUCAAGUCUUUCUUCUGCAGAAUCAGGGGUGGGAAGGACCGUGAUGGUGAGAUGCGCUACAACCCAUUUCGGAUAACACCUUACCUACUGAAGGUUCAGGGAAAAGGAGGCAUUGGGGAGGAGGAGGAGCCGUGCUGCUUGGCUCUGGCUGAGCGCAUCAUCUCUGGAUAUGAAGCACCUCGGAUCCCGUUAGACAAGCGCAUCUUCACCACCACUCACUCUCCUGGUUGUGUGUUUCUUGAAGUAGAUGACAGGGCUGUGCCGUUGCUAGGAUAUCUUCCUCAGGAUCUGAUUGGCACUUCAUUGCUCACAUGCAUUCAUCCUGACGACCGCCUCUUGAUGCUGUCAAUGCAUCGGAAAGUGUUAAAGUAUGCCGGCCAGUCUCCAUUCGAGCAUUCUCCGGUGCGUCUUCGCUGUCAAAACGGAGACCACAUCACCUUAGACACCAGCUGGUCCAGCUUCAUCAACCCUUGGAGCCGAAAAGUGGCCUUCAUCAUUGGACGGCACAAAGUCAGGACGAGUCCCUUGAAUGAGGAUGUGUUUGCUGCUCGGACCAAGGACGAUGUCCUGGUCACACAUGAGGAAAUAAAAGAUCUACAAGCAAAGAUCUACAAGCUUUUCCUGCAGCCGGUCCAUAACAACGGUUCCAGCGGUUAUGGCAGCUUGGGGAGUAAUGGCUCUCAUGAGCACUACAUCAGCGUAGCUUCCUCAAGUGACAGCAAUGGUAACAUGUGGGAGGACUCGCACAGGGAGCCGAUGACCCUGCAACAGAUCUGUGCUGAUGUGAACAGAGUCAAUGGCUGGGGACAGCAAGCUUAUUUGGGCACCAGCCAUAAAAAUGCUCUUCUUAGCAAACCUGUUAAAGGACAUCUCCUCCCCACAGUAACCAACCCUGAGGUCAGAGAUCAUGAAGAGGGCAGAAAACAAACACACAUUCCCUCCUAUCAGCAGAUCAACUGUGUAGACAACAUCAUCAGAUAUCUGGAGAGCUGUACGGGUCCAGCACUUAAGAGGAAGAGUGACUCUCACCUGGGCACAUCUUCUUCCUCAUCCUCUACCUCAGAAGAUGACAAGCCUGCUGAAGCCACUGACACAGCUCAGGCCAGCUCAGAUGUGGUGUUAGACAGUGGGGUGUCAGUGGCACCUACAUCUGCAGCAGUUGUUGGAGCGCCGCUGACGGACAUCACAAUGUCAACGAAGGCCAUGAGUGUAGUGUCUGUCACCAGCCAGUGUUCAUAUAGCAGCACCAUUGUUCACGUGCCCCAGCCUGAAUCAGAGGCCACAGCACUGGAGGAUGCCCCGAUGGGCAGCGAGCCUGCUGAUGCUGCUCCAGCCCCUGUCCGUCCCACCCCAAGCCCGGCCACAGAAGAACCGAGGUUUAUAGGUCUCACCAAAGAGGUGCUGUCAGCUCACACCCAGAAGGAGGAACAAGAGUAUGUGGAUCGAUUCCGCCACCGCAUCCUGCAGAGCCCCUACAGCUCCUAUCUGCAGCUGGACAAUAGCUCUAUGGCUCACUCCCACCACCCGGGUGACUACCUUCAUCCAUUAAGUGGUGGUGGAUGGAACCGCUCCAGGAGAGGAAAGCCCAGACACAAGCGCCCCAAACCCCAUGGUUCCUCGGACAGCUACGCUUCUCCACCUGGCCCUCCUCGCCAUGUCCCAGACUCCUCCUGGCCCUCCUCUGAGUCCUCCCAGCCUCAGAUGGGGGCACCCUACAGCCAAGCAACCCAGCUCCAGACACCAUUCUUCCCAGUGAUGGGGUCUCAGCCCAGCUCUGAGCAACCACCCAGACCACAGCAGCAGCUGCCUGCAGCAACCCCCAUGGUGUUGCAACCUCCUGACCAGACCCAGCUCAGCUACAACUUUAACAUCAUGCAGCCCACUCAGAGCUUGCAGGGCAUGCAGGGCAUGCAGGGCAUGCAGCCCGUCCAUAUGGAGCCUUUUCAGAAUAUACAGAACAUACAGAACUUUCACAACAUGCAGACCAUGGCUCCAGCCCAGAGCAUUAACCCCUACAUAACCCCGGUCAUGGCUGUCAUCUUGCCCAACUACCCAACUUUCACUCCAGGUUUCCCGUCCAUUUACCCACCAUCUGCUCCUUCCAUGAUGCCUCAGGCGCCAGUCGCCAUGACAGGCUUUGUCCCUGGCAGUGUGCCCUUCCCUCAGCCUCAGGUCCAAGCGCAGCCAGGCCUCCACCCUCAGACCUCCAUGGGCCCAGUGCUUUGCUCACCCAGGGCCAGUUCCUCUGUUGGGGAAGAGGAGGAGGAAGCUGGGCCUCAUGCUUUAUUUUCCAGCUCUCGCUCCAGUUCUCCACUGCAGCUGAACCUGCUUCAAGAGGAACUGCCAAAGCAGAGUGAAGGACAAGGCAGCACCGGACACAACCACACUGAGAGCCUCCAUGAACAACAUGUUAAUGAGGGUGAUAACCCCAUUGAGUCUGGGAACCAUGAUGCGCAGUCUACAUCCAGUGAGCUGCUUGAUCUGCUGCUGCAGGAGGAUGCUAGGUCAGGGACUGGCUCAAACGCUUCAGGCUCUGGGUCGGGGGAGUCUGGAGGCUCCCUGGGGUCUGGUUCUGGAUCUGGAUCCAAUGGAACCUCCACAUCACACACUGGCAGCAGCAACAGCAGCAAAUAUUUUGCCAGUAAUGACUCAUCAGACACAUCACGCAAAGCCCGCAAGACCCAGGAGCCACCGGCAGAGCAUCAGCACAGCUUCGACACACGGGUGGAGAACUCACUGUGGAGCAUGAUCCAGCACACGCCUGAACGUGUCAUGAUGACAUACCAGAUCCACACUAGGGACCAGAAUGAGGUGUUAGCAGAAGACCGGGAGAAGCUCCGGGCGCUUCAGCCCCACCAGCCGUGGUUCACCCAGGAGCAGAGGGAGGAGCUGGCAGAGGUCCACCCGUGGAUCAAAAAGCACAAAAUCCCAACAGAGAUAGACACACAGGGUUGCAUCGAUUGCAGUGCAGGUGCAGUGGUCACCCACUCUCCUCACCCUCCUGCCCCUGACAGCUCGUCCAUUCUGGAGAGCCCACAGCAGGACUCUAUCGGACCAGUGGUGGACACUUGAGAGAACCUUGAAGCCAAAACAACCAACUUUACAAUGAACCAGCCCUGCCAGGAACCUCCACCACUACCACCACGCAUCUCUUCUGACCAAUCUGGAGGAGUGGCGUCCUGUGCAUUAGUUUGAAGUUUAAUGUGUAUUUUCAAAGGUAUCAGAGGCUGGACCAGGCCCUGGGAGCAAUGGAGGAGAAAGCGACGGGCAUUUUUUCUUAGUCAGCCUAUUUUGACUGCCUUUUUUGGACCAUAAAUAUUAUACCUCUCGUCUUUUUCGAGCCCCUGUUGGGGUUUAGUUUGUCUUUAAGACUGACCAGAACCUUUAGCACCAUGAGCCUCUUUGAUGCUCAGUAUAAGAUGAUGGUUUCAUGGUUGAUGCCCCCUGAACAUGAGCACUGUGUACAUUCAUCCAGCCUGUGUGAUGGAUGUGACUGGGUGAUGAGGCAGAGACAGAGCUGGCCCAGUUUGAGUAUCAGAACACACCGGACUCCUCUGGAGUACAGGCUGUACAGUAUGUGUACCACAUCACCUCCAUCGAACACUCUUACUAUGGUUGACACAUGGUAGGUUUUCUCUCGAUGAGCACUUAAGACAAAGACACAUUUGCUGCUCUGUGUUUAUAAUGUUAGGAUUUAAGCUUGUAAGUUAAUUGGUAUUGGAGUGUACUCUCUUAUUCCAUAGGUUGGGUUCUUCUUGUCCAGAUAAUCAGUUUUUAUGUUCCUUUGACUCACCGAAAACAGCAAACAUUUGGAUUAGUUCAAAUUGUAUGUAAUCGCUAGAACACAUGCCCACCCAAAGAUCCGACAAUGUCCCGGUAUCCCUCCUUAUCACCUUACAACACCAAUAGCUCUUAUUAUCAACAGACAGAUCUCUGCACCAUUUUGCCCUCUGAUCCUGGGUUUACUUUCUGAAUGAAUUUCCUCCUUAAACUCUGUGUAGCUGUCUGUGUGACUGAAUGUGUGUGAGGGAGAGGAUUUAGCCUACCCAGUGUAGUUCUGUGAAUGUUUCUCACCUUUUCUUGUACUGGAUUCAGAUGGGCAGUUGUGAAUGUUUUUGUGCGCAUGUGGGCGUGUCUGUUUGUUUGUUUAUAUGUGUGCGUGAUUGUGUGGAUGCACUGAUCGACUGAGAGCUGCUUCCUUCUUUACAGUUGUCCAACAGUGCAAGACAGACCAGGGUUUUCUACCAUUUUUAGAUGAAAAGUAUAUUACAGUACCAUGUAUUUUAUAGAAAAGUACACAAAAAUAACUUCACAAAGUGUAUAAAAAGCCAUUUGUCUUGAAUUCAGGGACUGUUUGUUUGUGGCACAAUGGAAUGAAUAAAUGAUCUAUUACCUAA